AUAAUUCCCAUGCGGUUCUGGGGCCGGGUGCUGGGCUUGCAGGCCAAGCACUCCCAGUUCCUGCUGGAGGAGAAGCCCUUUCGCAUCCUCGGCGGCUCAGUGCACUAUUUCCGCAUCCCCCGAGAAUAUUGGAAGGACCGCUUGGUCAAGAUGAAGGCCUGUGGCCUGAACACCCUCACAACGUAUGUCCCUUGGAACCUUCAUGAGGCCAUCAGAGGGAGAUUUGACUUCAGCGGAGACUUGGAUCUGCAGGCUUUUCUUAGGAUAGCAGAAGAAGUAGGACUAUGGGUGAUUCUGCGCCCCGGACCGUAUAUCUGCUCCGAGUGGGAUCUUGGUGGUCUACCCAGCUGGUUGCUUCAGGAUCCUGAAAUGCAGCUGAGGACAACCUAUAAGGGUUUCACCGAGGCUGUAGAUUCUUACUUUGACCACCUGAUGCCCCAGGUGGUCCAUCUUCAGUACAAGAAUGGAGGGCCAAUCAUAGCCAUGCAGGUGGAGAAUGAAUACGGCUCCUACGCCCAGGACCAAAAUUACAUGGCCUACAUAAAGCAGGCCCUGUUAAGCAGGAAUGUGGUGGAAUUAUUGAUGACCUCGGAUAAUAAAGAUGGCCUGAAUGCCGGCACCGUAGAAGGAGCUUUGGCCACUAUCAACUUUCAGAAGAUGGAGCCGGGACUCCUGUCCUCCCUCAACAAACUGCAGCGUGACAUGCCAACGAUGGUGAUGGAGUACUGGACUGGUUGGUUUGACAGUUGGGGAGGACCUCACAACGUGUUUGACGCGGAUGAGAUGCUGGAAAGGAUUGAAGACGUUCUCCGAUCAGGAGCAUCCAUCAAUCUCUACAUGUUCCACGGAGGGACCAAUUUUGGAUUCAUGAACGGUGCGCUGCAUUUUAACAACUACAAGGCAACCAUCACCAGCUACGAUUAUGACGCCGUGUUGACUGAGGCUGGAGAUUACACCGCCAAGUACUUUAAACUGCGCAAGCUUCUUUCCAGCAUGAUGGAGACUCCUCUCCCUCCACCUCCGAUAAUUUCAAAUAAAGCAUCUUACGGGGCCAUCCUGAUGCAGCAGUAUAUCUCACUGUGGGAACUUUGCUGUUAGGAUCCUGUUCUGGUUUCUCUUCUGCAGAUUGUGAAGUCAGAAUACCCCAUCAACAUGGAGAACCUACCAGUCAACAAUGGCAAUGGACAGGCCUUUGGCUACACCCUUUAUGAGACGGUCAUCCUUGGCGGAGGAAUGCUGUAUUCGCGUGACUACAUCCGAGACCGAGCAGAGGUGUUUAUUAAUACUCGAUAUAUUGGUCACCUUGAUUACAACGUACAGGAGCUGUCCAUUCCUAACAGGCAGGGAUAUAGACAGCUGCAAAUCUUAGUAGAGAACUGUGGCCGAGUCAACUACGGNAGAUUUGGGGGGGGGGGGGGCGAGAGCUUAAUUGGCGACAUCGUUUUCAACAAAACCUCCUUGAGGAACUUCAAGAUUUACAGCCUUGAAAUGAAACCGAGCUUCAUGGAAAGUCUGCGUGGAGCAUCUCCUUGGAGUGCCAUCCCUGACAGCGCGGUGGGCCCCGCGUUCUUCCGAGGAACACUCCAAAUACAGUAUAUGCCCCAAGAUACUUUCCUGAAGCUCGAGGGCUGGGAAAAGGGAGUUGUCUUUGUCAAUGGCCAGAACCUGGGUCGCUACUGGAAAAUUGGUCCUCAGGAAACCCUCUACCUCCCGGGAACCUGGCUCCAACAAGGGUACAACGAAAUCAUUAUAUUUGAGGAGCGUCUUGGAGGCCGUAUCAUCCAUUCCACAGAUCUGGCCUUCUUGGGAAGGGUUCAGUAUGUGACCUGA